CAAGGCAUAGGUAAUUGACACUUAAGAAUAUGAGUGAUUCGCCAUCAUCAGUUGUCGGUGUUCCUUGUACUCCUACUACUCCAAGUACUCCAGAUAUCUCUAUUGGGUCUACUGGCGGCUCAUCGACAUCUAGUCGGUUGGUCAUCUCCGUUGUAGGAGAAAAGUUUGUUCCUAAUGGUCAUUCUAUUUCGAAGAGCAUCACAGAAACAUUCAAGGAACGACAAGAUGCUACUGGUUACUCAUGGAAGGAUGUUAGUGAAUCCACUCGUAAAUUCUAUUCGCAUGAAUUUGUGAAAUUAUAUCAGUGGAACCCUUCUGAGACUACCGUAAUCGAACACACCUGGGGUAAAGUGGCAUCCACCUUAUACUCUAAGAAAUUUCACAGUUGGCGAAAAUGUCCCAGGCCUACUUUUGUUCCAGAAGAUGUAUGGGAAAGUUGGAAGACAUAUUGGGCCUAUGACAAGUGGCUGGAAAAAUCUCGUAUCGCCACUCAAAAUCGACACAGUGAGACCGGUGGUCCAGGCACUGGUCCAAGCAAGCAUAUUGGUGGUUCUAAAUCAGCAGUGGAGCAUACUAUAAAAUUGGUAUCAAAUUCAACUUUUUAGUAGAGUAAUUCUCUAACCUUAUCUUGUACUUCAAUAUUAAACUCUAUUUUCCAGGAAAUAGACCUACGUCGUCCUGCAAAUUCA